CCAACCUCUCGUUGGCAGUUUCAGCCACUACCCUUUCACUCCCUCGACAAGUCCGCCACCAACCUCACCUUACUCCCAUUUUCACUAUAUAUCUCACUUCUUCAUUUCCUUCUCAAAAAAAUCUCUCUUUCUCCCUUUUUCCUUUCUACUUUCCUCCUAAAAUUUUCUCAUUCAUUCCGCCAUGGAAGGAGCUGCUACUGCACAAGCUCUAUCUCGUAUUGGGCUAGCUGGUCUAGCUGUUAUGGGCCAAAAUCUAGCCCUAAAUAUCGCCGAGAAAGGGUUCCCGAUUUCCGUUUACAACAGAACCACUUCUAAAGUUGACGAAACCCUAGAUCGCGCUCAACGCGAAGGUCAACUACCUUUAACAGGUCAGUACAAUCCGCGUGAUUUCGUGCUGUCGAUUCAACGGCCCAGAUCUGUUAUCAUCCUCGUUAAAGCUGGGGCCCCCGUUGAUCAGACGAUUGCAGCUUUAGCUGAACACAUGGAGCCUGGCGAUACGAUUAUUGAUGGCGGUAAUGAGUGGUACGAGAACACUGAACGGCGUAUUGGUGAAGCUUCGAGUAAAGGGCUUUUGUAUUUGGGUAUGGGUGUUUCUGGUGGUGAAGAUGGGGCCCGUAAUGGACCCUCGCUCAUGCCCGGUGGGUCCCACGGGGCUUACAUGAACAUCAAAGACAUUCUCGAGAAAGUUGCGGCUCAAGUUGAGGACGGGCCAUGUGUUACUUACAUUGGCGAAGGUGGGUCGGGUAAUUUCGUGAAAAUGGUGCAUAAUGGGAUUGAGUAUGGUGAUAUGCAGUUGAUUUCGGAGGCGUACGAUGUGUUGAAGAAUGCGGGUGGGUUGAGUAACUCUGAAUUGGCGGAUAUUUUCGCUGAGUGGAACCGUGGUGAACUGGAGAGUUUUCUGGUUGAAAUUACAGCGGAUAUAUUCAAUGUGAAGGAUGAAAAAACCGGGAGUGGUGAGUUAGUGGAUAAGAUUUUGGAUAAGACGGGAAUGAAGGGAACAGGAAAAUGGACUGUGCAGCAGGCAGCUGAGCUGUCAAUUGCAGCUCCCACAAUUGCUGCUUCGUUGGAUAGUAGGUAUAUGAGUGGGUUGAAGGAAGAGAGGGAAGAUGCAGCAAGGAUUUUUAAGAAGGAAGGAUUAAAGGAGGAAAUAAAUUUUGAUGUAAAUGGUAGUAGUGUUGAUAAGAAGAGAUUGAUUGAUGAUGUGAGGCAGGCAUUGUACGCGUCGAAAAUUUGUAGUUACGCUCAGGGAAUGAAUUUGCUGAGGGCAAAGAGUGCUGAGAAAGGGUGGAAUUUGAAUUUGGGAGAGAUGGCGAGGAUCUGGAAAGGUGGGUGUAUUAUCAGGGCAGUGUUCUUGGAUCGGAUUAAGAAGGCGUACCAGAGGAAUCCCGGGUUGGCUAACUUGAUGGUGGACCCGGAGUUUGCAAGGGAGAUGGUGCAGAGGCAAGCCGCGUGGAGGAGAGUCGUGGGACUGGCUAUCCAGAGAGGAAUUAGUGUUCCUGGAAUGUCUGCGAGUCUUCAGUAUUUCGAUACCUAUAGGCGUUCUAGGCUUCCCGCAAACCUCGUGCAGGCUCAAAGGGACUAUUUUGGGGCACAUACUUAUGAGAGAGUUGAUAUGCCAGGAGCAUACCAUACUGAGUGGUCAAAGCUUGCUAGGAAGGCCAGAGUGUAAUGCUGCUGCAGCUGUUGCCGAUUAUGAUAGAAAUCUGGUAUUAGUUGGGCUUUGUCAACUAUAGAUUCUGAAUUGUGCUAUUCAGGCAUUUAAAAUUUAGAAUGUGACUUGUUGAGAAUUUUUACUUGUUGCUAGUUUUGCAGUUAAUAAUGUUGUAUGCCUUUGAACAUUACAGGGCCUUGGCAAUUGAAUGACUUCUUUAUUGAAGUUAAAGAAGUUGCAUUUCCUACAUUAUGCAUAAAUGUUCCCUGCAUUUUAGUGAUCCCAAUAAAUAUGGGUUCUUUCAGCUUC